AGUUGGGCGGCGGGUCGGGCUCGGCGGCGGCGGCUCCGAUGCGGCGGAAGCAGAAGCGGCUGCUGCAGGCGGUGGGGCUGGCGCUGGCCGCCCUCGUCUUCCUGCCCAACGUGGGGCUCUGGUCCCUCUACCGGGAGCGGCAGCUGGAGGGCGGCGCGGGGGGGGCCGCGGCGGCGGCGGCCGGAGGGGAGGCGCAGGGUUCACAUGUGAGGCAAAGGAAAGAAGUUUAUUUUGACGAUGGACAAAGGAAAAAGGACUGGCAUGAUAAAGAAGCUAUAAGGAGGGACUUGGCGCGCAUAGGAAAUGGAGAGCAGGGAAAACCUUACCCGAUGACUGAUGCAGAGCAAGUGGACCAAGCAUACAGGGAAAAUGGCUUUAAUAUCUUUGUGAGCGAUAAAAUUUCUCUUAAUCGCUCCCUUCCAGAUAUCAGGCACCCAAACUGCAAUAACAAGCUGUACCUGGAGAAGCUCCCAAACACCAGCGUGAUAAUCCCAUUCCACAAUGAAGGAUGGUCAUCUCUCCUCCGGACAGUGCACAGCAUCCUAAAUCGCUCCCCUCCUGAGCUGAUAGCAGAAAUUGUGCUGGUGGAUGACUUUAGUGACAGAGAACACCUGAAGAAACGUUUGGAAGACUACAUGGCCCAGUUCCCAAAUGUCCGAAUCCUGCGCACCAAGAAGAGAGAAGGGCUAAUAAGAACUCGAAUGCUGGGAGCCUCUGUGGCAAUAGGAGAUGUGAUCACAUUCUUGGAUUCUCACUGCGAGGCCAAUGUGAACUGGCUGCCACCUCUGCUAGACCGCAUUGCUCGAAACCGCAAGACUAUUGUGUGCCCGAUGAUUGACGUAAUUGACCAUGACCACUUUGGAUAUGAGACCCAAGCUGGAGAUGCGAUGCGAGGGGCAUUUGACUGGGAGAUGUAUUACAAGCGGAUCCCUAUCCCUCCUGAAUUACAGAAACCUGAUCCUAGUGAUCCCUUUGAGUCUCCUGUAAUGGCUGGAGGAUUGUUUGCAGUCGAUAGAAAGUGGUUCUGGGAGCUGGGAGGGUAUGAUGCAGGUCUGGAGAUAUGGGGAGGAGAACAGUAUGAAAUAUCCUUUAAGGUGUGGAUGUGUGGGGGUCUCAUGGAGGACAUCCCUUGCUCCCGAGUGGGUCACAUCUACAGGAAAUAUGUUCCUUACAAGGUUCCAACAGGAGUCAGUCUGGCAAGGAACUUGAAGCGUGUGGCUGAAGUGUGGAUGGAUGAAUACGCAGAGUACAUUUACCAGCGUAGACCUGAGUACCGGCAUCUCUCCGCGGGGGAUGUGACUGCUCAGAAGGAACUUCGCAACAAUCUCAACUGCAAGAGCUUCAAAUGGUUCAUGAGUGAGGUAGCUUGGGACUUGCCAAAAUUCUACCCACCAGUGGAGCCCCCGGCUGCUGCCUGGGGAGAGAUCCGUAAUGUAGGAACUGGUCUGUGUGCAGAUACAAAACAUGGAACUCUGGGCUCCCCACUCAGGCUGGAAACCUGUGUGAAAGGCAGAGGAGAGGCGGCUUGGAACAACAUACAGGUAUUCACCUUCAGCUGGCGGGAAGAUAUCCGUCCUGGGGACCCUCAGCACACAAAGAAGUUCUGUUUCGAUGCCAUUUCCCACAGCAGCCCUGUGACCCUCUAUGACUGUCACGGAAUGAAGGGGAACCAGCUGUGGAGAUACAGGAAAGACAAGACCCUUUACCACCCAGUAAGCAGCAGCUGUAUGGACUGCAGCGAGAGUGACCGAAAGAUCUUUAUGAAUACCUGCAAUCCCUCUUCUCCAACACAGCAGUGGAUAUUUGAACACACAAACUCAACCGUCUUGGAAAAAUUUAACAGAAAUCUUGAUCUUUAAAGACUGCAAAUAUAUAUAUAAAUAUAUA